AUGGCUUCUGUUACUCCACCAUCACCUUUCUCUCUCCACUUCUCAACCCUCUCUCUCAAACCCAAACCACAUUCUUUCCCCUCUCUCUUCCCAAAACCCCUCUCCAAACCCCGAAAACUCACCAUUAACUCCAUCGACGUCUCCAAGGAAGACACCACGCCAUCGCCAAUGCCAACGCCCACGCCAGAGCCCGCUUCGAACCCCGAACCCGUACCCGAGAACCUGGACCCGCGGCGGCUGGAGGAGAAAUUCGCGGUUCUGAACACUGGGAUCUACGAGUGCCGGUCGUGCGGGUAUAAGUACGAUGAGGCCGUGGGGGACCCGUCGUAUCCGAUUCCCCCAGGGUUCCAGUUCGAGAAGCUUCCAGACGAUUGGCGGUGUCCAACGUGCGGGGCCGCACAGAGUUUCUUCGAGAGCAAGAGCGUUCAGAUCGCGGGGUUUGCGCAGAAUCAGCAAUAUGGACUCGGGGGAAAUUCCCUCACCUCGGGUCAGAAGACCGUCCUUAUAUACGGCUCUUUGUUGUUGUUCUUCGCCCUCUUUUUGGGUGGUUACUUCCUACAAUAA